UGGCGAUGGUAACUGAUGAUUUGUCUUUGUUUCUCCAUUCCUCCAUCCCUCCGCCCAGGCCCGUUCACUGAUGUAGUCACCACCACGCUGAAGCUGAGCAAUCCAACAGACAGAAAUGUGUGUUUUAAAGUGAAGACCACUGCGCCUCGCCGGUACUGUGUCCGGCCCAACAGCGGCAUUAUUGAUGCAGGAACCUCUAUCAAUGUAUCUGUUAUGCUGCAGCCAUUUGACUAUGAUCCCAAUGAGAAGAGCAAACACAAGUUCAUGGUUCAGUCUCUGCUGGCUCCUUACGACAUGACGGACAUGGAGGGGGUGUGGAAAGAGGCAAAGCCUGAUGAGCUAAUGGACUCGAAGUUGAGAUGUGCUUUUGAGAUGCCACUAGAAAAUGACAAAACUCAUGACAGUGAUAGCAACAAACUUGUGUCCCCCUCUACCCCCAUAAAGUCUGAGCUGACCUCUCUGCCCAAGUCUGCCAGUGCCUCCCUGGAUGAUGGGGAGGUGAAGAAGAUAAUGGAGGAGUGUAAGAGGCUUCAGAUGGAGGUCCAGCGGUUACGGGAAGAGAACAAACAGAUCAGGGAGGAUGAUGGGCUGAGGAAGAGGAAGGUGACGGUCAUGGCUGCUCACUCCUCUUCCUCGUCUGCGGCUGUGGCGACAGGAAUGAGGGAGGAGGGGCUGAGUACCCGCAUUCUGGCGCUCUGCGUGCUGUUCUUUGUGCUUGGGGUCAUAAUCGGCAAGCUGGCCCUGUAAACAACAACAACAAGGAUGUCCACUUGAUUUUGUUUAUUUGUUAUUUGAUUUGUUUACUUUUUGUUUUUUUAGCAUAAGGCAAUAUCACAUGGGUUUCUUCGCGUAGUGGGGAGUGUUUAACGUAAUGACAAAAAUAAUUCAACAAAUGAAGGUUAUCUAAACUGAGUCGUGUAAAGUAUAACAACCAACGUCUUCACAGGUCUUGCCUUCUGAUCACUCUGAUGUUCUCUUUCCUCGUCCCUGCCUCCAUUCCUCCAUCCCUUCAUCCCUCCCUCCGUCAUUCCUACUUGCACAGAAACAGAGCGUGGUAAGGGGGGAGGCUAGUCUACUAUGUGUCCUAUUAUGAUAACGUGUCAAUGGUUAUAAUGUGCACCAGUGAAGCCAAGGCUGUUUUCCUACUGAAGAACCGAUGUGAUUGAAGAUAACGAUGAAGUUGAUCUAAUGCUGUGUGAAUGUUUUAAUCACUGUUCUUUUUUUUAAAGGCAAAGAGUGUGUGUGUGUGUGUGUGUGUGUGUGCGUGCGUGCGUGCGUAAGAGAGAGAGAGGCUGAGUUUUAGCAUGAGGUGUGAGGGGUGAGACAACACGGCAAGUCUGUCACCCUUUCGGUUCGUGUGUAAAACACAAACAUGGCGUUUGGACUUCACUGAAAAUAAAACUAAUCAUGACUAUCAUGUUUGAUCCCACCAAUACAACAGGCUGCUUUUUAAAAGGUCUACUAAUUGUGUUAAUCAUAUUUGCAGUUGCUGUGAAACCUAUAACGCGAACAGUUUCCACUGUUGCAGUGAGCUAGUUAUUCAAACACGUGAAAGCUUUGUUUCUAAGUAUGCUGGAUGGGUUCAGACUGACCCUGUCUCAACAGGGUGAGAACUGACAGGUUGUCAUACCCAUAGGCUGAUGUUGGCUCACUUGAUGUAUGUGACCUCUGGAGGUUGAUAGUCAGGGGUGGGUAAGAUCUUACACCAGGCUCCAGGCAGCUUCUUUGUGAAAUAGGGAUGCUCUCUGUUUUUGAGACAGCAGUGUAGUGUACUUCAGCAGACAGCACAGUAGGUCUCACCUGUGGAUGUCUCGCUCUGUACAAAUGGAUCCAAUGACGAGACACUAAACAGGCCAAGUAUAAAGUCUAUAUUGUAGAACUUGGUGUCUCUCAACACUGCCCAUCCUUACAUCAUAGGGGUCCUGCUUUAAUUACUUUUUAACUAUCAUAUAGCCCACAGUUGUGUUGUAGUUCAUUUAAAAUGUAAAAUCAAUGCUCUGUACUCUGGUAGACAGAUUUCACUGUGCUAUGUUCAGCAUGGACACCAACCCUAGAUUAACAUUCUUUCCUUUCUUUCCAAAACUGUCUUUUUUAUAA